GACAAAACGGUUCCUUCUUCCUCCGGUCGUUCGACUUUCUCCCUCUCUAAAUUUCUAUUACUCUCUCUGUGUGUGUCGAUGCGCCAAACAGUCUCCUUCUGCAACAACACAUGGCGGGUCAAUAUUCCCUGAGACCCAAUUCCUCUUCUACUUCUCCUUCUUCCUCUCACAUUCUUUCUUCUCGCUUGCUUUUCCUCUUAACUCUUCUCCCCUUGACUCUUGCUUGCUUCGCUUUCCUCCUCCAAUGGCGGGGCGGCCUCAACGACCCUGUUACCCGCUGGUCCCCCGAUCAGCACCAGUUCCCCGGUAUGUCCAGUACUGCUCCUUCUAUCCCCUCUCAUUCUUCCCGUUCCGAUUGUGUUGAUCUUCUUGGUCGGAGCCAUUCCCCUGCCUUUUCUUACUACCGAGACUGGAAGUUCGACUACGGCACGGAUCUGAAGCCCAAGAUAUGCAUCACAACAAGCACUUCUGCUGGUUUAGAGCAGACUUUACCCUGGAUCUUUUUCCACAAGGUCAUUGGAGUUUCGAACUUUUUCCUUUUUGUGGAAGGGAAGGCUGCCUCCCCAAACGUAUCCAAAGUUUUAGAAUCCAUUCCGGGAGUAAGUGUUAUAUACAGAACGAAAGAGCUAGAAGAGCAGCAAGCAAGAAGCCGGAUUUGGAACGAGACAUGGCUGUCAAGUUUCUUCUACAAACCAUGUAAUCAUGAGUUGUUCGUGAAGCAGUCUUUGAACAUGGAAAUGGCUAUUGUCAUGGCCAGGAAUGCUGGUAUGGAUUGGAUCAUCCAUCUGGAUACUGAUGAACUAAUGCACCCUGUGGGCACACGGGAGUACUCAUUGAGACAAUUGCUUGCUGAUGUGCCUGCAAAUGUUGAUAUGGUUAUUUUCCCGAAUCAUGAGAGCAGUGUUGAGCGAGAUGAUGUAAAGGAACCUUUCAGCGAGGUAUCGAUGUUUAAAAAGAAUUAUGACCAUCUCCCAAAAGAUAUAUACUUCGGUAAUUACAAAGAUGCACUCCGUGGCAAUCCAAACUAUUUCUUGACAUAUGGAAAUGGAAAAUCAGCUGCUCGGAUUCAAGACCAUCUUCGUCCAAAUGGCGCACAUCGAUGGCACAACUACAUGAAGAAUCCCAAUGAGAUAAAAUUGGAAGAAGCUGCUGUUCUACAUUACACAUACACUAAAUUUACUGAUUUGACUUCAAGACGUGAUCGAUGUGGCUGCAAACCAACAAAAGAUGAUGUUAAAAGAUGCUUUAUGUUAGACUUUGAUAGAGCUGCAUUCAUAAUUGCUUCUACUGCAACAGAGGAAGAAAUGCUAGCCUGGUAUCGUGAACGAGUUGUGUGGACUGAUAAAGCACUGACCUUGAAACUUUUAAGAAAGGGUAUUCUGACUCGCAUUUAUGCACCUAUGAUCAUUAUUCAAGGAUUGAGGAAUUCUGGCAUCUUCAGUUCUGUAAUCUCUUCUGCUGUUCAUCAUAAAUCGGCCAAAGAUCAAGUCUUAUCAUCUGUGAAGAUUAGUAACUCUUCUAGACCAAUUGAAUCCGGGGUUAUAUCUUCUCGAAAGGUUGGUAUUAUUAAUAGGGGGGACUUUCAAGCAACUGCCAGAAGGGUCCUGGAAAUUCUGGACGAUCACUCUGACCUCUCAGCUACCCCGCCAUUAUCUCCGCCCAGCCUCGACGAUGAUCUUCCAGCUCCGACACAUGAAUAUUAACCAUCAUCAUAAAUAAUUUCCGUUAUACACAGGCCUCGGUUGUAGGAUUUAGGAUUCGUCAGUCUGGCAAAGGAGGGAACUUAUAGCAAGAGGGGACUGAUCUAGCCGUGCCAUGAAGAUUUUGAGUGUAUGAUUUCUCAUGGGGUUCUUCCCGGUCGAUCACUGUCCAAGCGGCUGAUGUACAUUGCAGAUUUAGAGUUACAGCCCAUAGUGUUAGAAUAUUGUAGAAAGAGAGCUUGGAUUUUGGAUUUAAGAUUACUGAUUGGAUGGAUUUUCAGAAUGGGAUACCCCCAUCUUUAAUACAAAAAAACAGCAACAAUUUACAGUUUCAUCUAA